AUGGCCUCUGCCUCUGCCUCGCAGUCCACUCCUUCCAGUUCCCCUGUCCCCACCGUUUCGCAGUCCUCUUCGUCGAGACCUGGAGUUGCUGCACCCGGCCCCGCACCCACAUCAUCAACUCCGAGGCCGUCUUCGGCAUCGAGCUCGACGCCCGCGGUACCUACACCAGCUCCAGUUCCCUCAACCCGCUCUAGCUCAACAACAACAAGCACCAGCAGCACACACAGCUCAUCUACGGGGACAAGCAAUGCAGCACCGGCUCAGACUACGGUCUUUGUGGCCCCCUCGGAGUCGCGUGGCUCGUCCAGCGUAAACGUCGUGGCCCCCAUAGCCGCUGUGGCCGGCAUUUUGAUCAUCAUCUAUGUUGCAUACAGGAUAUACCUCUUACACAAGAGACGCAAGGACGAAAAAGUGCCUCCCCCGCCGCCCCGCAUGCCCGCCAUUUUCGAUCGUCCUCAAUCUGUCAUGUACCAAAACGCACCGAUGAUGAUGCCCGGUUCCGCCCCUCCUUCGUACAGACAGAGUAUGCGUCCAGUCUCCAUGCUCUACAAUCCAGAUUCCUCUUCAUCUUCAUCCCUUCCCACAAAGGGAGCGCAGACGUCCGCCUCGGGUCACUCGACGCCCACACAACCUGGAUUCCCAGUAGCAGAUGAGACAGGCCGUCAAUCCCCACUGCCCUACCACCUGCAGGAACGGUCCUUCCGGGGAGGAAUGCCUCCUCGGCCCCAUUCCGUCGCAUCCUUUGGGUCAAACAGAUAUUCGUCGUAUGGCACUCCACGUACGCCAUACAUGAAUCGAGUCGAGGUUGUUCUCCCACAACCGCUUGCACCCGAAGCCUCUGCGUUAUCCUCGGCAUCCGCGCGCCAAAGUCGCUUCUCCACGUACAAUGGUCCAUCGAACCCGGACAUGCGUCCUCAGUCAAUGAUUCUCCCUCCCCUCGCCAUCACGCCUGAAGGAGGUAAGCAUUCCUAUUCCCGAUUACCCGCGCCUGGAGCCGCCCGUACUGACAAAGCUGGUUCAGACUGGGCCCAUCGUGUGACAACGACUGCCGAAGAAAGGGCAUCCUCGUCUAUGGACCAUUCGGCACCCCCUCCUCCUCCGAAAGAUCGCCCUAAAUCUGCUAUUCUCCUUAGCGGAACCUCUUCCGUGGCCACAUCGCGAGACCACGCAAUGCCGGGAGGCUACCCUUCUUCUCCUGCAGCACAUGCGCGGAGCGUUUCGCCUCCCGAGCCACUGUUGGCAGCUGGCGUCUUUGCCAGCUCGUCUUCGGACUCGACCUCGCGCCCGCAUUCUCUCGACGUGGCAUCUGACGAAGCAGCAAAGGCUGCCAAACCCAAAGUGUAA